GAACGGCCGAAUCGUAGCCGCCCCCUGCUGCUCGCCCGCUCCGGCGACCGCCGGUCCAAACCUCCCCUGCGACCUGCCGCUUGCUGGCGUGCUCCUUCCGCCCUACGGUAUUCGCUCUCCGGCCUCCGCACUUGUGCGGUUUGCAGCAGCCGUGCGCCCGACGCUGGAGGCUGGACAGACGUUACCAGCCAAGCACGGAGACGGAGUCGCAGCGGCCCCUGCCUGCGUGGCUUGUUGCCUACCGAGUCAUCCAGUCAGUAUGUGAUAAUGGCCAACGAGCGCCAAAGUGACGGACCAGGUUAAGAUGACAACAGUAUGCUUGACAAGAAGAUUCUCCAUUGUUUUUCUUCUCUGGGGGACUUGCUAUGGACUGAUGGAAAUCGGAGAGAUCCUUGCUACUUGGACAAGUCCCCCACCAACCUGACAAUUCCGCAAAGCUGCAUACUGACCUGAGUGACCUCUCUCCUGCAAGUUGCACAUACCAGCAAGGAAAACCAGAGUUCCAAGCAUCAUCUUGCUGUCUCCGGUGGAUCCAUCACAGUCUGUAGUCAGGCUAUUUGUGGUGAACUGGUGAUGGCAAUGCGGGAUGUUAUUUCUUUGAACCGUAUGAUCACUGGUUUCAUUCGGGAUGGCCUCGGCGAUCGAGCUCGUGCAGUCUACAGGUGGAUGGUUUCUUCAGGCUUCAGAGAGACCCCUCAUACCUUCGCUGCAAUCCUCAGUGCGUGCAACAGCUGUGAGGGAAUGCAACUGCAUGGCCGGGUGCUGGCGUUGGGCUUGUGCUCCAACCCGUUUACUGGGUCUGCGUUGGUCAAUCUCUAUAUGCGCAUUGGAAUGCCUUGUGCUGCCCUCUUGCUAUACGAUGAAACUGCAUUGCGAAGCACAGUCAUGUCCAAUGUGGUUCUGGGUGGCUUGUGCAAUCUGAAGCUGACUGAGGACCUCCUUUGUUCCCUACUUGACAUGAGAAGACAGGGUUUGGAGUUGAAUGGUCUUUCCUACUGUUAUGCUAUGAGAGGAUGCUAUCUAGAUGAAGAAUGGCUGGAACAAGGAAGGCAACUUCAUGGAGUAGUUCUGAAGGCAGGGUGGGUUCCUUCAAACAUUUUCUUGUCAAACUCACUUGUGGAUCUUUACUCAGCGACUGGGGAUUUGGUGGAUGCUAAGAAUUCACUUGAUGAUAUCCCUUCUGAGGAUGUCAUCUCAUGGAACUCCAUUGUUUCUGUUUAUGCAAGCAAAGGACGUAUGAAGGACGCAACUGAUUACUUGAGACAGAUGCUUUGGCACGGCAAGCUGCCCUCAGUUCGCUCCUUUGUUGGGCUCUUUGCUUUAUCUGGUCAGACUGGAGAUCUUCAAUUCGGGGUUCAGAUGCAUGGAGUUGCUCUUAAGCUUGGAUUCAGUUGGAGUAGCGUGCAUGUGCAAACUGCACUCAUUGACAUGUAUGGAAAGUGUUGGUCUUUUGAUUGUUCCUUGGCAAUCUUUAAUGAGAUCCCAAACCUUGCACUGGAGUGCUAUAACUCAACCAUCACAUCAUCAAUUCGCUGCAAGGUUUUUGACUCCGCAUUGGAAGUAUUGCACUGUAUGAUUGUAGAGGGAAUUGUGCCUGAUAAUGUGACUCUCUCUGCAACCAUGAAGGCCAUAUCUUUGUCGGCUUCUUCAAGUUUAAUCAGUUGCAAAAUGCUGCACUCUUGGGUCUUCAAAUUGGGCUUUGAAACAGACAUGGCUGUGUGCUCGUCCUUGAUCAGCGCAUAUGCUCGAGCUGGUCAAAUGAACAGUUCCCACUUGAUAUUUGAAAGCUUGCAGUAUCCGAAUGUCAUUUGCUUCACUUCAAUAAUAUCUGCAUGUGCUCGAUAUGGAGAUGGCACACAAGCAGUGGAGCUGUUCAAUAAGAUGGUUUCUAGGGGCCUCAAGCCUGACGAUGUUACCUUCCUAUGCGCGAUUGCUGGUUGUGAUCAGGCAGGAUUGUUUGAAGAAGGAAGGCUGGUGAUGGAACUUAUGAGAGCAAAUCGUGAGCUGGAUCCUGAUGAAAGGCACUUUGCUUGCAUAGUUAACCUUCUGAGUCGAGAUGGUUUUGUGGAGGAUGCAAUGAAAAUGAUGGAGCACUCUCCACUGCGACACUACACCAAGGCAUGGAGCUCGCUCCUACAGAGUUGCAGGGCGCAUGGUGAAAAUGUGCUGGGAAAGAGAGCUGCAAAUAUGCUGAUAAAUGUGGGCCAAAAGGAUCCAGCCACCAACUUGCAGGUAUCAAAAUACUUUUACGAGAUUGGGGACAACGAAAAUGCUUCAAGGGUUAAAGCGAUGGCAAGUGGGCAAGAAGUGAAGGAGAGUGGUCACAGCUCGGUUGAGAUCAGUCACGGAAUCUAGCAUCUGUGUACACAACGGUAUGAACAACUUAAUUCCAUAGCCGAUUACUUGUUUUUUUGAAACGGUAGCCUUUUAUUCAUUUAACCGAUCGUUACACAAAGAAGGCCAGAGAAACUCUGGAGCAACAUGAAGCCAGACCGAUUCAGAGAUUUGAUCGGUUGACCUAGCAAGUACAUGAGCUACCUCAUUACAACAUCUACUAACAUGGAUAAAAGAGAAGACAACAGAGGAAACAUGUGCCGCUUUCUUGAUAUCUUGGGUAAUGAUUCCUGUAUGGGAUCGGUCCAUGUCCUGUGACUGGAGCUUCCGGAUCAAGGAGAGGCAAUCUGUUGCUACAAUAGCCCGGUUAUAUGAGAGCUCAGAAGCAAAGAGAAUCGCCCGCCUGAAAGCAAUAGCCUCCGCUAAUUCCGGGUUUAUAAUCCUAUCGAUGCCCUGCCUGCACGCCGCCAGGAAGUCCCCUUUGUGGUCUCUGAUCACAAUGCCCAACCCCAUUCGAUUAGUUUUGUGAAAGAUUGUUGCGUCUACAUUCACCAUAACCCAUCCCCUAGGUGGUGGAUCCCAACGUUUAGACUUAUGAGAAUCACACCUGUUGGGGCCGAUUGCCUGAUUACUUGUUUGUUUCACUUCCAUGAGCUGAUAGUCUGCACAUCGCAAGAAGUUCCUAUUGCCAUUCUGCCAACCUACAGGUCAUCCUUCCUCACAUUCAGAUGAUCAGAUCUGAAUCUUGAGCAAUGCUUCCACAGUCGCAUGUUUAUUCAGUUGGUUUCUUACGUUUAUUCAGGCACUGUUCUCACUCACAGCCACACUGAACGUUUGCAGUUUGCAGCAGCAACCACAGGAUGAUGCCCGUGUAGACACAAAUGCAAAUGUGCAGUUUCCUAAAAGGUAAAAAAGGCAAAAGGGGAGUUGUUUUGAGCGCAGUACAAGGCGAUGCAAAAGUGAAGAAAAAAAAAUGCAAAUGGAACGGAUGGAGGGAGCACUGGACCGGAGCAUUGCAGAUUGAAGUGGGUAUGGUGCUCCCGGUUUCAGAUCUGGCAGGCCUCCUCUGUCUGGUGCCUCCAUUUCACAUUCCCAACAUCAUAUCUUAUUUAAAAGUUCCAGUAAGCAUGCAGCAUAAAUAUAUACCAGUUACAUCCAAAUACUAUGUUGUGAUACACACACACUUUAGUUAGUUAACCUUAUUGGCCUGAUUAGAGUUUGGUCUGAACUGUUGUUGUUGUUGUUUUUUUUUUUUGAGAAAGAGGGAGGUGGUCUGAAGGAACUGAUAAAUAAAGUGAUAAAAGAAAUCCAUUGCAAAAAGAUUCACUACUGGCUGCAGUAUCAAAUAUUCCCCCAGCCAAUAUGAGGGCUCCGGGCGCCCCAGAUUCCAGAACAGGGACUCCACCAUCGCAGCACACCUCCCCUCCCUCCUUUUCCCCCAACCCAACUCGCAGCCACAGUGGUGGGGUGGCUCCGGGCGCUCGGCUUCCUCCUCCUCACCUCGCUAGUGGAUUGAUUGAUUGAUCACGAGGCACAAGUGAACCGGGCUGCUGCAGCCGCUGCUGCUGGUGGUGGCCGCGGUUCCUCCUCCGCCUCCCCUUCCCCCGCUCUCUCUGGUCUCUACGCGGAGCAGACUCCGCGGCGGCGGCGAAGCAGGGCAGGGCCGGGGGAGGAGCUUCGGCUGGGAACAAGGGGGAGCUAGGGCAGGAGCGGGAAGCGGGAGGCAGCAUCCAUGGCGAUUGAGGAACUACUGCACAAGGUCCAGGCUCUUAUAGAGCACUGCCUUCAGGCAUAUAUGAACCAGAAAGAAGUAAUUGAUGCCGUUUCUCAACAGGCAAAGAUAGAUCCUGGCAUUACUGAGCUUGUUUGGCGACAACUUGAGCAACAGAAUCCUCUGUUUUUCAAGGCAUACUAUAUGAGGCUAAUGCUUAAGAAUCAAAUAAUGGUCUUCAACAAGCUUCUUGAGGGUCAGCUGCAGAUUAUGAGUAAAGAGUUUCCUUCAGGGAUCCCUUCCAUGUCUCUUCCUAAUGGUUCUAUUUCCGACCCAUUAAAGCAAAAUUCAUGCUUUUUGCCUGAGACUGCUCCGGGAUCUGCAAUGCCAGAUGGUAUAAUGCACAAUGGAAGCUCAAGUAGCAUAAUAAAUGGCACACCUUCUGGUGAUCAAUUACUCAAUGCCGGUAAAGACAUGCAUGGUCUUCAAAGUGGAAUAGAUGCUUCAACUAUCCUGCAGUCAGAUCAGAAUGCAACUGCUGUGCUGUUUGGUGUAGACAAUGGGACGAAUGCGACAAUUAAGACAGAGUCUGGCUAUUCAAGUAAUGCUGAUUUUGCUUUCUGCGGGAAUACUUUCCUGGAAUCAUGCCAGUCAAUAGGUGAUGCAUCUGGUGGUGGAUCCUUCAGUAGCUCAGAGUUGAAUGGGCAGCCACUGAGCGAUUCGAUUUUGGAUAUGGAAUCGUCAUCAUUUAGCUUCUUGAACCAGAUUCCCCAAAGUUUCAUCUUUUCAGACUUGGCAGAGGAUUUCAGCCAAAGUGCAGAAAUGACAACAUUCCUCACUUCUGAAACAAAUAACUUCUCUGAUUCAACAGGGGGAGAUCAUACAGGUUGAUCAGUCAUGCACAGUGCGCCGACCAUUUGUACAUACUGUUAUGGGCAGGCAAAUCUGCAUUGACGGAGAACUUGAGGAUCUUUUGAGUUAGCUGUCGUUUUUCUAGUUUCUCAUAAUCUCAUCUUAUAUUGUGAUAGGAUUGACUGUUUCCCUCAUCAUAGGGCAUACUGAGUCGGUCUUCCAGUACGCUUUGUGAUGGUGUCGUUGUGGUGCUGUACUGCUGUGUACACUGUUCUGCUUUCUGUAAUAUAAUGGUUAGGCGCAGCGGUGUCUGCAUCUGCAUUUUAUUGGGAAUGGUCUUGUUUGUCUUGCACAGAAAAAUUGUUAUUUAAAAUCAGGGUUUAGCCUGUGUUUUGUGAUA